GGCGCUGCUCACACCCUUUUUAGGAAGGUGAGCCCUCGCGUUCAGCUCGUCGAGCCCGUUGAGACACGGUUUGCAUCGGUUUUCCUGAUGUUGUCGUGUCUCAAAGGCCGACGAGACGCGUUGGAGAGCAUGUUGCAUGGGGAUGCUUGGGCACGCAUCCCAUGGGAUCGCGCCCACGUAUCUCAGGCGCAGUGGGUGCAGCAGCAGAUUCGGGACGGGGAGUUUUGGCAGCGUGUCCAUUACGCCAUCCUAGUCAUAUCGCCCGUCCACCAACUGCUGCGCAGGAUGGAUAGAGGUGGGAUGAUGAUGUCUGUCGUUUACGAGUGGAGUCAGCAUCUGAUGCAGUUGAUGAGCAGGGUCGACGAGCCGACGGACAUGAUUGAGCCGUGCGUGCGUGAGGUUACCAUCCGCAACCUCCACAUGCUAGAGCCCGCACAUGCCGCGGCCCACCUCCUCAACCCUCGUCGACGGUCCCUCACGUAUUACCAUUCGCUGGAGACGACCGUUGACGACCGCCGUGUGGUCGAGGAGUGCGACAAAUUUCUCCUAGCGCAGACCGGCGGCGAUCCGGUCGGCUUAUUGUACAGGACCGUGAGGGACCAGAUGAGGGCGUUCCACUCGAGGCGAGGGCAUUGGGGAGAUCAUGACCUCUCCGAUGUUGAGGCGACCGAUUGCGGGGGGGACAGUGAGACCGAUGUUCUUGAGCAGGAGAUCCUGCGGCAGAUUGUCGCUUUCCGUGACAGUCGACCGUCCAGAGCUCGUUCGGUUCGGGACGUGUUCGGCAGCAGAGCGACGGAGCUGCGACCAUGGCCGGAGGGUGGGGAUGAUGUGGACGCUGCUGCGGCAGGCGACGACAUCGACAAUGACUGGACUGACGAUGAUGACACGCCGCUGAGUCGCGACCCGACGGCUUCGCAAGUGUACUUCACUUACGGUGGGGGUCGUGACGGCAUGGAUUCACACACAUCGGUUAUCACUAGUGAUGUGCCGUCGACCGCGCAGGCGAGUGGCAGCAACAGAGUCGGCGGUGGUCUUGGAGGACGUUCGCAUGCGGAGGUUCGCAUGGACGACUCGGGGGAGCAGCAGCCAUGGGGAGGUCCUCGGCACACAGGCAGGUGUUGGGAGGUUAGGAGCAACAACGAGGGCGAGGGGGAGGCUGAGGAUGAGGAGGUGCCCCUUCACGAUCGUCGCUUCUCUCCCUCCCAUCAUCCGAUCUCUGCACAGCCCGAGGCACUUAGGCGUUCGGAGAGGUUGGCGUCAGCAGCGGGCAGAAACCGGACACAUGAUGGCGAGGAUCGUGGGGGGGAGAGGACUCCUUCCGACGUUGGUAUCCGCCCCCGCUUGCCGUCGGUGCUCCGCACACAGGACUUCGAGGACAUAGGGCUUGGUGGGAGCUUGGGAGAUUUGAGUGUCAAGGGACGUCGACGUGCCUCACUGCACGAUGUGCGCACAGACGCGGACGUUGAGUGGGGCCCUGCUGAGACUGAGGAGGAGAGGGAUGCCCGUUUGGACCGAGAGGAGAAGGAGCGGCUGAGGAGUUUGCCACAGUGGGAGGGAGGGGGCGGGAGCCGUGACGUCGACGACUCGGGUGUCCCUGAGGAGGGGGUUCAGAGGGAGUUCGAUUAUGAGGGGCAGGAUGCCGCCGCGGGUGGUGGGUCAGGUGGUGGACGACGCGGCGACGAGGAGACCGCGGGUGUCCCUAAGGGGCAGGAUGUUGUCAUGGGCGGUGGGUCCCCUAGUGGGGGCCAUGGUGACAGCGAGACCGCGGGUGAUGAGGGACAGGGUGCCGCAGUGUGCGGCGGAGGAGAGGGUGGACCCGGUGGAGAUGGGGACACCGCGGGUGUCGGUGGAGACGAUGGACCGGACGGCGACGAUGACGACGACCACGGUCCCGAGGACGAUCCUUAUAGGUUCACCUUGGUGUUGAGGGAUCCCACAUUGCCUCCGUCGCGCCGUGCCGACACAACGCACACUUUUUUUGACGUUGACGCUUUGGCGCAUGCGUUGAAGGAUGACCCUUUCGCACACGUGAGCCGCAAGAGUGGCAAGCAGCGGGCCCCUGGGAGGGUGUAUUCACCGCCGUCGUUCACAGUGCAGAGCCCUCACUGGUCGGGUUCGUCGCUCAGCGACGUUAGAGGGAGGGAGCCCGGUGCGGGUGAGGUGGGGUCCGGCAGACGCAACGACUACGGCAGAGAUAGUGCAGGAUCGAUGCCUCCACCGCCCGCAGGGUCGACACCGGGGACCGGACGGUGGCACCCGGAGUUGCGCACAGUGGCGGUUCCCCGCCGCCAGUCCGAGGAGGUGUGGGUGGCGGAUGGUCAGCUGUUCGUCGGGUCGGGGACCGGUUGCGGGCGGAUUACGACGCCGAGAGGGGCGUCUUCACGGGACAUGGCGGGCUACAUGCUUGGUUUGUCACGAGCAAAGACGUGGAGGACAUUGGUCCUCGAGGCCGCAGGAACAUCCACGGACAGGCUGCAGGGAGAGCUGUUCACAUCGGGCGAGGAAGGGUUGUCGAUGCAUCCCAGGACGAGACGACAGCAUGGCCUCUCGGAGGUUGAGGCUCGACUCGCUGCAGGGGUCGCCGCUGGGCAGGCAGCAUUGGGCGCGAUUCAGAGGGAGAGAGAGAGGGGGAUUGCUGCACAGGUGGAGGAGGACGAGGACGUAGACACUGAGUCCGAGCUGAUCGAGACUGCGGCACGCAGACACAGGGCACAGGUGGCCGCGGCGGCCGCUGCGGCACAUGCGGCAUACGUCGCUGGGGCACGGGGCACAGGUGCCGGAGGGAGAGGAGGGCGCCGGGGAGGACCGCAUGGCCGCACGUCCUCGGGGAGAGGCCGCGCACGCUCUGGUGGGAGAUGACGACGUCCGUGGUGUUUUUUGCUACUCAGUUGUACAGUAGA